GGAGUUUAAUGCUCCAACUUUCUUGACUAUUGUCAGAGUCUGUGAGAGAAGCAUUAAAACACUCACUCAGCUGAAGGUGAGCUGCACUGGGACGUGGUCCGGCUGUGAUGGCUCAGUACCUGAGGUAUUUCACCACUGUGGGAGACGAGCAGCAGUCGGUUCAGCUCGAAGAUGAAGAGCUGCAUGUGACGAGCGAGGAGCUGAGCCCGGCCACGGGACAGUUCCCCGCCAAGCUCACCUUCAGGGACUCGCUCAGAAGACUCUACUCCUCAGAGCGCUUUCAGGUGUUGGUGGUGUGCUUGGUGGUCCUGGACGCCAUCUUUGUUCUGGCAGAGCUGCUUAUAGACCUGUCUGUGAUCAAGCUGGAACAUGACCACAUAGCUCCUGAGGUGUUUCACUACCUGAGUCUGGCUCUUCUCACCUUCUUCAUGGUGGAGCUGGCUGGGAAACUGUUUGCCUACCGCCUGGAGUUUUUCUACCACAAGUUUGAGGUGUUCGAUGGUUUGGUGGUGGUGGUUUCCUUCGUGUUGGAUGUCGUCUUCCUUUUCCAUGAAGAUGCCUUUGAUGGGAUGGGUCUGCUCAUCCUGCUGAGACUCUGGAGGGUGGCCAGGAUCAUCAACGGAAUCCUGGUGUCAGUGAAAACUCGUGCAGACCAGAGGCUCCACAAGCUGAAAGAGAGUUACGACCACCUCGUCCAGAGAAUCACGGAGCUACAGGAGCGCACUGAUAAACUGGAACAAGAGAAACAGAGGCUUCAAGACCUCCUGAAGAAACACGCCAUUGAAUUCUAACUCCUCCCACUUCUAACUGCACAAGGGCUGCAACAAAUAAUCCUUUAUUAAUCUGCACCUUUUUUCAUGAUUGGUUUAUAAUGAUUGAGGGUUUUAGUUUUUUUUAAAAACAAGUUCUCAGAUUUUUUUUCAGCUUCUAAAAUGUGAAUAUUUUCUGGUUUAUUUGCUCAGUGUAACAAAAUCAUUUAAACUGAAUAACUUUGACAUUUGUAUAUAUAUGUGUGUAUAUAUUAUAUACAUAUAUAUGUACAUAUAUAUAUAUAUGUAUAUAUGUAUAUGUAUAUACAUAUAUACACAUAUACAUAUGAAAUCUUAUCACAGAAACAGAGUAAAGAAAGCAAAGGAAAGGAAAUAAAAGUAAUAAAGGGAACAGAAAAAGAAGAGGAGGACGAUGAAGAUCAGCCCAAAGUAGUGUAUUUGGUUGUCUACACAAAAGUGAAAUUUAAAAGUACUGUAUGUUUUGUAAAAAAGUAAAAACAUUUAUAAUGAAAAGAGAUUUAU